UUUCAUCAAAUAUACAUUCAUGAAUUGAUUAAAAAACCCAAUGACUCUCCCACUAUGAUUCCUAUAAACUGAUAUACGGUGAAAUUAAAACUCACAAAUAAUUAAGGAGAAAAAUCACUUCCGUCUGUACCGUCGCGCCCAUUUCCGGGUAAACAAAAUUCACAGAUUUUGGCAGAUUUCAGAAUUUUUGUCACAUAUUCUUCGGAUUUUGCCCAAGUCGAGCAUCUAACUGAGUGUUACAGUUGCUAAGUACAGAGUUCAACAAAGAUGGAUUCAUCUGAUCCAUUAGAAAAUUCAAGGAAACAUACUGAUACUCGAAUAAAUGACGAAAAUUGUGAAUCUCCUGAACAAAUGAAUAUGUCGGCUUCUUUUUCGUCUGCUUCUGAAGUAAAUGAUGAUUCUAUGUCCAUGUCAAUGACUGAUGAUGGGUAUUCCCCAGCCAACAAAGUCCGUAAGGUUGAAUACACAUCAACAUCUGAGACUUCACAUGCAGAGGCAAGCCCAUCAACAUCGUCAUCUCGAGAAAAAGACCGCGACGACAUUGAUCGGCGAACGCCAACUAAAUCGGAUGAAAGUCCAGAAAAAGGACAUAAGUCACCCACCAAAAGUGAGAAAGGAAAGACUCGUACUCCGAGUCAGGGUCCGAGUGAUGAGGCUGGUGAUGGAGAGUCGCACGCAAAAAGCAGACGAGAAAAACAAGAAGAAGAGAGGAAAAAGAUGCAGCUUCUGGUGUCCCACUUCUCAGAAGAACAGUUGAAUCGAUAUGAAAUGUACAGGAGAGCUGCUUUUCCAAAAGCUGCUGUUAAAAGGUUGAUGCAGUCUAUAACUGGUUCAGCCAUCUCACAGAAUGUCGUCAUUGCCAUGUCUGGAAUUGCCAAGGUCUUCGUUGGAGAAAUUGUAGAAGAAGCUUUAGAUGUCUGUUCAAAGAACAACGAGACAGGACCCCUUCGGCCAAAGCAUGUACGCGAGGCAGUGCGCAAACUGAAAGCUCAGGGUGCAAUCACAAACAAUAAACACCAGAAGAAGUUUAGAUUUUCAUGAUGGUUGUGACUGGAAAGCUUUUGGGUUAAAUUGAAAUGUUUGUGCUUUGUGCGAACACAUGUUUGUGCAUGUGUUGAACACAGGUUUUGGGAUGUGACCAGUAGCAAGGGACUGAUAGAUUUGUCCAGAAAACUGUUAUUCAUGACCUCAGUCCUUUUAUGUUAAGCUUCCUAGAUUCAGGUGGAAUGCAGCCCAUGGUUUAAGGGUCACAUCAAGUUCAGUGUUGAUUGUCAGGCUGAUGGGAGCACUGGCUCAAUGAAAAAGGAGGCAAAGUCUGUGCUGGUUGGGGACAUAAGAGUUGGCUAUGUCAGACAAGUUUGAAUAGUGUGUACAUAUGUAACUAAUAAACGUCAAGUGCUUGAGAA